GCGAAGCACCAGUUCCCCCGCCCGACACAGUCGGCCACCAAGUGCCACCAGUGCAAGUGGGCGUCCUGCUCCUAGUGCGGGUGUCCAUCGUCGCCUCUCUGCAAGGCCAAGCGCAAGUCCCGGAAGCUCAGUACUUGAACAAGAGCAGCACUCAUUUCAGAGGAACAGGGGGGACCGAAGCACCGAGCCAGAGCUUGCCGCUCGUCUGGCGGCCUCCUCUCAACCAUCCACUGUCCCCGAGGUUGCCGCUAGUUUCGCGGCUUCCUUGCGACCACGUUCCCCCGAGCGAGGACUCACGGGACCGCAUUUCGGAGCCAGCCCUCCCGCCACCGCUUCAGCCUCAGCGAAAGAGGAGCAAGAGGAAGCAGAGCGAGCACUUUCUGAUCGCACAACAAUUGGUGCGUAAGCACGACAAAAUAUCACACCAAAUCGCAUGA